CAUUCUCACAUAUCUUCUACAAUAAGAAACGAACUCAGCCAUUAAUGAUAAUGUCUUCUACUUCAGAGAACGAAUCGAUGUCCUUUUCCGGCGAAUUUGUCUCUUAGCGGCAAAAGCCAGUACACAAAAAUCUGGAGAAAAACCCGCAAGACGAUGAACAGAGAAACAACAACGAUAUGAGCUCUCAACUGGUGCAGGCUUCUCCAAUUUCUCCGCCGUUGCCAAAUCAUCAUCAUCAUCGUCAUUUCCUUUCUCAAAGAACAUACAUUCCUUCCAAUGUCUACGAGCACCCAACUGCUCUCCUCCUGGAGCAAUGCUCUUCUCUGCAAGAACUUCGUCAAAUCCUCCCUCUCAUCUACAAGAACGGUCUUUUUCACGAGCACUUGUUUCAGACAAAGCUUGUCAGCUUGUUCUGCCGUUACGGCAGCUUGUCCGAGGCUGUCCGUGUUUUCGAACCGAUUGACGACAAGCUCGACGUUCUUUAUCACACCAUGCUCAAAGGGUAUGCUAAAAUCUCGGAUUUGGAUGACGCUGUGAAAUUCUUUGUCAGAAUGAGGUAUGACGAUGUUGAGCCCGUUGUGUAUAGCUUCACUUAUCUGUUGAAAGUCUGUGGAGAUGAGUCGGAGCUUAGGAGGGGAAAGGAGAUUCAUGGGCAGUUGGUGAAGAGUGGAUUCUCUUCGAAUUUGUUCGCCAUGACUGGGCUUGAGAAUAUGUAUGCAAAGUGCAGGCAGAUAUACGAAGCUUGUAAGGUGUUCGAUAGAAUGCCUGAGAGAGACUUGGUUUCUUGGAACACCAUGGUUGCUGGGUAUUCACAGAAUGGUUUUGCAAGGAUGGCGUUGGAAAUGGUUUCUCGAAUGUGCGUGGGGAAUCUGAGGCCUAAUUAUAUCACUGUUGUUUCUGUUUUGCCUGCUGUCUCGAAUUUGGGGUCUUUGAAUAUUGGAAAGGUGAUCCAUGGAUAUGUUGUCAGGGCUGGAUUUGAUUCUCUCGUGAAUAUCUCGACGGCUUUAGUUGAUAUGUAUUCAAAGUGUGGAUCUUUGGCCACUGCUCGACAGCUCUUUGAUGGGAUGUUGGAAAGAAAUGUCGUUUCCUGGAACUCGAUGAUCGAUGGGUAUGUGCAGAAUGAGAACCCUAAGGAAGCGAUGAUGAUUUUUCAGAAGAUGUUGGACGAUGGGGUGAGACCAACUGAUGUCUCUGUCAUGGGAGCUUUGCAUGCUUGUGCUGAUCUCGGGGACCUCGAAAGAGGGAGGUUCAUUCAUAAGUUGUUAGUUGAGUUGGAUCUCGAUAGAAAUAUUUCGGUAGUGAACUCUUUGAUAUCCAUGUAUUGCCGGUGUAAGGAAGUCGAUAUUGCAGCUUCUAUAUUUGGGAAAUUGGAGAGCAGAACACUUGUAUCUUGGAACGCGAUGAUAUUAGGUUUUGCACAGAAUGGUCGUGCUAUCGAAGCUAUGAAUUGCUUCCAUGAGAUGCAAUCUCGGAACAUAAAACCGGAUACAUUCACAUUUGUGAGCGUCAUCACUGCUCUAGCAGAGUUGUCAGUCACUCGUCAGGCAAAGUUGAUGCACGGGCUUGUGGUCAGAAGUUGUCUCGAUAAGAACGUUUUCGUGAUGACAGCUCUAGUCGACAUGUAUGCCAAAUGCGGAGCUAUUACAACCGCGAGAAUCAUCUUUGACAUGAUGAAUGAGCGUCAUGUGACAACAUGGAACGCGAUGAUAGAUGGAUACGGGACACACGGUAUCGGCAAAUCUGCUGUGGAAUUGUUCAAAGAAAUGUGUAAAGGCACCAUCAAACCAAACGGUGUGACGUUUCUCUCUGUGAUCUCUGCUUGCAGCCACUCGGGUUUGGUGGAGGAAGGUCUUAAAUACUACCAAAUGAUGAAGGAAAACUAUUGCAUAGAACCCACGAUGGACCACUAUGGAGCCAUGGUUGACCUUCUGGGUCGAGCUGGACGGUUAAACGUAGCCUGGGACUUUAUAAUGAAGAUGCCUGUUAAUCCAGCUAUCAAUGUAUAUGGAGCCAUGUUGGGCGCUUGCCAGAUUCAUAAAAACGUCGAGUUUGCAGAGAAAACGGCUGAAAAACUGUUCAAAUUGAAUCCGGAUGAUGGCAGGUACCAUGUACUUCUUGCAAAUAUAUACCGCACUGCUUCGAUGUGGGAAAAAGUAGGACAAGUGAGAGUGUCGAUGUUGAGACAAGGGCUCCGUAAAACACCCGGCUGUAGUAUGGUCGAGAUAAAGAACGAGGUUCACAGCUUUUUUUCCGGGAGCACGAGGCAUCCCCAAUCCCCGAAGAUUUAUGCUUUUCUCAAGAAGUUGAUGAACGAAAUCAAGGGCUCGGGAUACGUACCCGACACGAAUUCAGUCCAUGAUGUCGAACAUGAUGUCAAGGAGCAGUUGCUGAAUAGCCAUAGCGAGAAGCUGGCUAUAGCAUUUGGGCUACUGAACACAAGCCCGGGCACGACCAUUCACGUGAGGAAAAACCUGAGAGUUUGCAGAGAUUGCCACAACGCCACCAAGUACAUUUCCCUCGUGACUGGCCGGGAAAUCAUUGUAAGGGACACUCAGCGGUUUCACCAUUUCAAGAACGGUUCCUGCUCAUGCCGAGAUUACUGGUGAAACAGCGACGAAACAGAUCGAAGAUUGGAUAUGAGGCAGAGAACCACACAUAUCUGGUCGAUCCAUUUCUAAAUGAGAAGGUAUAUAUAAUCAAGUUCAUGAAAGAGAUAGAUCAGUUCUUUGUAACAUUAGUCAUGUAAUGUCAGGGGCCAAGGUUAAACCAAGGAUUUCAAAAGCAACCUCUAGGAAAGACCUCAAGUUUCUCAUCUUUGCAAUUUGAUUGCACGAGCAACAGUUGGAAUUCUGUUUUCUUUUC